ACUCCUCCCUCCUCUCCUCCCCGGCCAAUCCGAGCUCUGGCCACACUCGUCCCGCCCCCUUCUCUUGGCGCCGUAUUUGAAUCUGUCUGGGACGGGAGAGCGGCGCUCCGCCUACAGCCGGGUACUGUGAAGCAAUCGGCUAACAUAAUAGCGGUGCACAACGUCUGCUGGGGAGUUAGCAUUGCCUCGGUAAGGAUGUCCAAAGUCAUGGAGCGUUGUGAAGACGCCAUUUCUUCUCUGAUGCAGGAGAUUGCGGCACUUAAAGAGGAAUACAAGGAAAAUAAGAAAAACAUUGCUGCCUUAUCCACAGCUAGUGACAGGAAUUCUUUUGGGACAUUUCAGGAAGACAACAGAGAAAGUAUUGCGACAGUUACGAAGAAUGUAAAUACACAGCUUGCCCACAGGGAAAUGGAAAUUAAUUUUUUUAUAAAAACCACUGGGAUCGAGAUUUUACAGUACUUCAAGAUAACGGAGAAAAAAAAUGAAAAUGUUUUUGGUAGCCAUAAGUUGGUGGGCCGGUGCCAGUUUCUACCAUUUGAGAUGACCUUUAAAACAACCGAGCUUCAGAGUGAGGAACGAUGGUCGUGUGACGUCACCCAAGUCAAUAUCCGCAUGGAUUGUAAGGGCGAUCCAGAUUUGAUCAAGCUGGUGGAAAGAACGGAGGCGACUCUGAAUCUCCAGGGCUUCUUCCGGACACUCUCAAGGUUUGCAGAAUGGUGUGAAUUCCGCACAAAAACUUUUUCCCAUUUCAAGGAACGUUACUCUGCUGCUGUUGGACUUCCAUAUGGGCCCUCUGCAGAUUAUAUGGUACUGGUGAACCCGAAACUUCCCAAGUGUGAGAUGUUUCUUGUUUGGAAAAUCACCAUAAAUGACAGGGGAGCAGUCAUACCCAUUUUGGAUUUACUACCCAAAUUGCCAGAAGAAGCAAUUGCUGUUGAUAAAACUGCAGUCCUGGAGGAUGUUGCACCAGCUUUCAAGAGUCUGCUUCAGAUAUUUGGGAUCCAAGGUUCCAUAGAGACCAUCAUUCAUUCCUUCUGCUUGAACAAAGUCAAUGUGGGCCCAUAGUGUUCUUGCCUUAAAGUGGAUGUAAACCCAAAUUUUUUUUGUCACAAUGUAGAGUAUAAGAUUUCCUAUCAUCUGU